AUGGCUCUCUUGAGGAAAAUUAAUCGGGUUCUCCUGGUGCUGCUGGUGCUGCUGGUGUGUGUCCUCCUGCACAGUUCACUGCUCAGAGCAUCCACUCGGCCAACACUCUCAGAUCACAGGAAGCGUCUCAGCGGAGCAGCAAAGGUUUCCUCAGGGAGAGCGUCAGAGGUGGAUAGUGUCGUCCCUGUCAUCAUCUGUGCGUCCGAAGAGCAUGUGGGUGCAACCAUGGCAACCAUCAACAGCAUCAUCAGCAACACACAUGCUAGUGUUUUCUUCUACAUUGUUACUCUUCGUGAUGCUGUCAAACUUACGAGGAGGUACAUACUAAAGACAAAGCUAAAAGGCAUUCAGUAUAAGAUAUUGGAAUUUAACCCAAUGGUUCUACAAGGAAAGGUGAAGCCAGAUUCAUCCCGACCUGAUCUCUUACAUCCACUCAACUUUGUGCGUUUUUACCUGCCUCUGCUUGACAUCAGCCAUAAGAGGGUGAUAUACUUAGACGAUGAUGUCAUUGUGCAGGGUGACAUCAAGGAUCUGUUUAGCAUCAAACUGAAACCAGGACAUGCUGCUGCUUUCGCCACAGACUGUGACCUUCCCUCCACACAUGAGAUGGUGCGCAGCAUCGGCAUGCAGACAACCUACAUGGGCUUUCUGGACUAUAGGAAACAGGAAGUUAGAGACCUGGGCAUCAACCCCAGGGACUGCUCUUUCAACCCCGGAGUGUUUGUAGCAGACAUGAAAGAGUGGAAGAAACAGAAGAUCACCAAACAGCUGGAGAAAUGGAUGGAGGAGAAUUUCAGGCAGAACAUAUACAGCAGUGCCAUGGCAGGCGGUGUGGCAACUCCACCCAUGCUGAUAGUGUUUCAUGAGAAAUUCACAACACUGGACCCCCUGUGGCAUGUCAGACACUUGGGCUGGAGUCCAGAUGCCAGCUACUCAGACACCUUCCUGCAGGGGGCGCAUCUGCUGCACUGGAACGGCCCAUUCAAACCAUGGAAUUACCCUGCUGUCCAUUUGGAUCUGUGGGAGAAGUGGUUCGUCCCAGACCCUUCUGGAAAGUUCACUUUGGCAAGACCUGAUAGUGACAGCUGA